AUGAUUGAUUUUCAUUGGUCGAGCCCGGUAUUACGCCAAGUAUGUUUAACCUUUUCAUUAAUUCAUCCAGCCCUCGAGUUUUAUCACACUGUUGUACGAUUGACUGACAAUACAGGCAUUCACACACCAAAGGAUCGCUACGAGUCACUUCUACGCAUGAUGCGAGAGUGGCACUUUUUGAAGCAAAUCAAAUGGUCUGGCCAGGGCCAUCAUCCUGGAACUAUUGCUGCCACGCAACCUGGUGCAUGUGCGGUGAUGUGUCCAGCCUGCCCCCAUCCAGGAAAGAAUUUACCUGAUGAUUGGGCAAGUGUUCCGCCUGAGUCAAAAUUCUUAUAUGCACUGUUCCUUGCAAUUGACGCCAAUUUUCGACUUGCUCGGCGCAAUGUUUCUUCAGACGCUAUCAAUCCUGGACUCAACCAUGGCUAUGCGUUUUUCAUGGAGGAAACAGCAUACAAAUCUUUCUUGAAUUCACACGAACGAACAAGGAGUACAUGUUCAAGUCACAAUGCAGUCAACCUGGCUGAUACGAAGGCGUCCCGCGGUCUUGCAGCAACAGGCACAGGUACAAUAGAUUGCGCGCGACAUAACUUCAAGCGGCCGAAUUUGGUUGGUGACCUACAAAAAGGUGAAAGGUAUGUCAAUAUGGAUUACAUGUUCUUUUCGAGCAUGCAAUCGGCAUCUACACUUCAAGUUAUCAAUAUUUCCUACGACAUCACGUGUCAAUGGAGCAAGAACCUGUGGACACGCAUGUCCACAUUCCCUCAGCAGUACCACCUGGAUCACAACACGAAAACCAUCACUUUUCUGGUCCCUAAGUUCCAUCUUCCCGCACAUGUCUUGAGCUGUCAGACGAUGUACUCGUUCAACUUCAUCAAGGGGGUCGGGAGAACAGACAGCGAAGUGCCAGAACAUGGAUGGGCCGACAUUAAUCCUGUUGCAACUAGCACUCAUGAGAUGGGUCCUGGCUCAAGGCACGACACUCUUGACGACCAUUUCAAUGACUGGAACUGGAAAAAAGUAUGCUUGAUGGGGCUCGAACUUGAAGAUCAACAGUAUGUCAAUUAA